AGGAAAAUCGUUUGUGUUUAGCGUUUCCUUCUUCCAAACGGCAUCCUUUUAUCUUCUUUUCAUUUUUCAUUUUAUUUUUCUCGUUUGGUCUCAAUCUUUCUUAUGCUUAUGCUUCCUCUUUGCUUUUUAGCGAGCUUUGUUCUCACUGUCCCAGACUCCUCUGCCACUCUCCCUUAUUACUUCUUUCUUUAACCCAAAACCCAUUUCAUUUCCUUCACCAAUCUUCCAAUAACAUCACUUUCUCUCUUUCUUUUUUUUUCUUUUUUCCUUUUGAGGGUUAUGGACAGGAAACAAGGCUUCUUCUCCUCCCUUAAAGAUGAAGUUGUCAGAGGUCUUUCUCCGGGCAAAUCAAGAGCCAAAAGCCCUGUUCGGAGUACCUCUCCGGCUACCAGUUUGAGGCGCCGGAGGAAGGGCGGCCACCGCCACUCACGCCAUGAACUUUUGAUUGGGAGAUCCGGGAGUUUGAGGCCGGCGGAGGCAUUGUCGCCGUUGAAGGAAGGUCCUGAUGAAACUGAUGCUGAUGAUUCCAAAAUGGAAGGGAGAUGGGCGCAAUGGAUGAAGGGCCAGCUCUGUAGAGCUCCUUCUGUUUCCUGCUCUGCCUAUAAACGCUCCGAUCUGCGGCUUUUGCUUGGGGUUUUGGGUGCUCCGCUUGCCCCUGUUCAUGUUUCUUCUUCGGACCCCCUGCCUCAUCUCAGCAUUAAAGAUACCCCCAUUGAGACUUCAUCUGCACAGUAUAUACUACAGCAGUACACUGCAGCUUCAGGAGGCCAGAAGCUUCACAACUCUAUUCAAAAUGCCUAUGCAAUGGGGAAGGUAAGAAUGGUAGCUUCGGAGUUUGAAACUGCUAACAGAGUUAUCAGGAGCCGGAACUCCUCGAAAGAUGCUGAGUCAGGUGGGUUUGUCUUGUGGCAAAUGAAUCCAGACAUGUGGUAUGUAGAGCUUGCACUUGGUGGCAGCAAGGUUCAUGCUGGUUGCAAUGGGAAGCUUGUAUGGAGGCACACACCUUGGCUUGGUGCACAUUGUGCUAAAGGGCCAGUUAGACCUUUGCGCCGUGCGCUUCAGGGACUUGAUCCCAAAACAACUGCCAGCAUGUUUACCAAUGCAAGAUGCACUGGGGAGAAGAAGAUAAAUGAUGAGGAUUGCUUCAUCCUCAAACUCUGUGCAGAUCCCGCAACGUUGAAGGCAAGGAGCGAAGGGCCAGCAGAAAUUAUAAGACAUGUUUUAUUUGGUUAUUUCAGUCAGAAAACUGGACUCCUAGUGCACUUGGAAGACUCCCACUUGACUCGCAUACAAAACAAUGGAGGUGAUGCAGUUUACUGGGAGACCACAAUCAAUUCAUUUCUCGACGAUUACCGACCCGUUGAGGGGAUUAUGAUUGCACACUCGGGACGCUCGGUAGUAACCCUCUUCAGAUUUGGAGAUACUGCAAUGAGCCACACUAAGACUAGGAUGGAAGAAGCAUGGACAAUUGAAGAAGUAGCAUUCAAUGUCCCUGGUUUAUCUGUAGAUUGUUUCAUUCCUCCUGCUGAACUAAGAUUUGCCUCAAUGAGUGAAGCUUGUGAGCUUCCACAGGAUCAAAUCAUUGAUAACGCUGUCACAGCACAAGCAUUACAUGCUAAAGUAGCCGCACUCGACAAGUUAGACGACAACAAUGUAGCCUGGAAUACAGAUGCAGCGUAAGGGGAAUAUGCGAAGAGGAACGGACAGAUUGUAGUAAGUUAUUGUAUUGAUAGCAAGCUUAGAUGCUUAGAACUCUUUGAGAUAAUUAAUAGCACAUAUAGGAACUGGGAUCAAAUACCCUUUUAAAUUUGUAAAUAGAGCAUUGCCAUUCAUAAAAUUUUCCCCUGUUCCAUGAUAAAUUGUCAAUACUCAUCCAAAAGACUCCUUUUGAAAUCUUGUGCAAAGUCAGAUCACUUUCUCCUUGUAAUAAUUAAAGUUCAUCUUUCUCACCAACUGUAAUCAAAUGUCAUCUCAAUGAGCUAGAGUUAUUUUCUUAUAAUAAACUUAAGUUUGUGAUUA